AUGAACAAAUUUAUUAUCGUUCUCGCUGCUAUUUUAGCUAUUUCUUCUGCCUAAACUUUCCUCUGUGAAGAAAAGGAUAGAUCUGCCAACAAAUUAUGCACUGACAUUUAUGAACCUGUUUGUGCAAUCAAGCAAUCCAACUUACAAGGUGGCAAACCCCUUAGAACUACUUUCUCUAGUCACUGCAAUGCUUGCAAAGACUCAAGUGUCCUUUUCGUUGCUGAGGGUCCUUGUGAAGCCUAUCCUGAAAACGGUACUUUCUGCCAUCCCAACUCUGUCAACAACAAAAUGUGCCCCAUGAUUUACUCCCCUGUUUGUGGUAUCGUCCAUAAUCUCUUUAUGUUAUGCCAAGGUGGUCCUUGUGUUCAAACUUUCGGCAAUGGUUGCUAAGCUUGCACAGGUGGUUCAUUCUUCUACACUCCUGGUAAAUGUCUUAGCAAAUUCGAUUAAGAUUAAUGA